CACUGCGCUCUCCGGUCUAUUCUUAAUCAGACGGGCAGUCGGUGGGGGCACGUCUGAUUAGAAAUCUACUUUUUAGGGACUCAAUUUACAAAUUAAAGGAUUACUACGCAAGUGACCAAAUAAGGGGACGUGUAGCCUACUCUUCCCUAUGACCAAUAAUUAUUUAUUAUACGAGGUUCCAUACUUUGGACGAGUAUGCGCUAUGUUUUUCAUUAUUGUUUAAGAGCCUUUAAACAAUUUUAAAGGUUUGUGUUUUCUCGGUUUAUAAAAAAAGUUUCGAAGGUUUUCUAAUAGCCUACGGUUUAGAAAACCUGUCAUCGAAAGGAAAAACUUUCGAUACACAAGUCGCUACCACACAGCCGGAAUAAGGAACAAAAGCAUCUGUACCAACAACACAGGCGGUGUUGCCGCCACACUUCAAAGCGAAAUAACCUGUUCAAUUUGUCAAUGACUUUCAUACCUCUUCUGCUUUGGCUCAGUGAACAGACAUCCUGAGCAAGAACCAACGAAAGCUCAUUUGAACUCUUAUUUUAUGCAUACAUAGCUAAUUUGUAACUGUUUAAGUUACAAAGACUGCCUUGAACCACUAGGCUAUUUAUUUUAUAAAGGAAGAAAAUAACAUUUGUCUGAAGCUCUCCAAUCUCUUUGGUUUCCUCAACAGCGCAUGUGUUUUUGCUAAGUUUACUGCACAUUUCGAGUUUCUUGACAAGCAAAGCACUACACCCGAAGCUGGAGUUACCAGACCAUUGUUCUGUUUCGAAGAGCGGACCCCUUUGUCUUCCACCGCCAAGAUGAGUGUGAACAUCUCCUCUCCCGCCCCUGCACCUACUCGUCCCCUGCGGCUGAAGCGGCUGGAGCUGGACGACCCUCAGGAUGACACAGAGGCCCUGAAAUGCAAGCGUCACCGGCUGAGCCUUCCACCAUCAUCCCCUGGCCUGGCCCCCUGCCUGAGGCCCCUGAGCCACAGUCCGGGCUCCGACCAGCACUGUGUGUCCUGCAUUGGUCCCUACGUCCUGCUAGAACCCACAGAGGGGACAGAGACCUACAGGGCCAUCCACAGGGUUACGGAGCAGGAGUACACCUGCAAGGUGUUCUCUAUGAGGCGGUACCAGGAGUUCAUCGCCCCCUACAUUCGCCUGCUGCCCCACGACAACAUCUGCCGCAUCGCUGAGGUGGUGACGGGCGAGCACAGCGUCUUCGUCUUCUUUCAGCGCAACUACGGCGACAUGCACUCAUACGUGCGCACGUGCAAGUGGCUCCAGGAGGAGGAGGCGGUUCAUCUCUUCAGCCAAAUGGCGGUGGCGGUGGCACACUGUCACAAGCAUGGCGUGGUCCUGCGCGACCUCAAGCUGCGCAAGUUUGUCUUCGUGGACCAGCAGAGGACCAAGCUUGUUCUUCAUAACCUGGAAGACUCCUGUCUGCUCCACGGGGACGACGACUCUCUUACGGACAAGCACGGCUGCCCGGCCUACGUGGGUCCCGAGAUCCUCAACUCGCACCACUCGUACUCAGGGAAGGCUGCUGAUGUCUGGAGCCUGGGCGUGGUGCUGUACACCAUGCUGGUGGGUCGAUACCCGUUCCAGGAUGUGGAACCCGCCGCCCUCUUUAGUAAGAUACGCCGGGGGACGUUCACAGUGCCAGAGUCGCUCUCGGUGCGGGCCAAGUCGCUGGUGUGCUGCAUGCUGCGUAAAGCACCCUCUGAGAGACUGGAGGCCUCGGAACUGCUGCUCCACCCAUGGCUGAACUGUUCCAACAACACAACACCUCCCAACACGCACCUCAACGCCAGGAACUGCACUGACCAAGUGGUCCCCAGCUACACAGAAGCGACUGAGGACACGGGCUGUUUCUAGAAUAAAAAGAAAAAUGUCCUCUGUCCUUUGUCGCAGUGAUGCAAGUACAGCAGUAUAAUCUCCGUAGAGGGAAUACUGGUAAUGCAGGGGUUUUUCCUACCUACCUUACAUGUUUGGUGACACUUAAGAAACAUAACAUAGUCAAAUGGCAUUACAAAUUGCUAAUGUCUAACUGCAGUUUGGUAUCAAUGUUGUCAAAGCUUUGUUAAUCUGUUGUUAGACAUUAGCAUGUAUAGAUGUUGAAGUUGUGCUUUUGAAGAAGUUGUGAACGUGUUAUGCAGGGCCCUUAAUCGAAAUUGAUACCAAAUGUAUUAUAUAGUUCUGUGUCAUGAAGCAUGUGUUUGUUUAGGUAGUGACAUUGCUGUUCCGCAAAGCAGUAACUACUAACUACUGGAUCUCCUGGCCACAUGUGUAACAGACGCCUCCUUCCAGUUAGAUGUACAUCUGCUUUUCUAGGGUCCAAUGCAGUUAUUUCCACACUGCAGUGUAACAUCAAGAAAAGCGCUUUUCAAAAGCUACCCAACUAUUGUGCUUUAACCAAUGGAAAUUGUUUUGUUGACUCAAUGGGAAUCACAGGUGAAAACAGUCCUCCAGAUACCUUGCCCCAUAUAGAAGGAGUCUGUCUAGCAGUAUUCCCCUUUCGCAGAAAGCAGUAAUUUCACCAAUUUUUGAUCGUGAGCAACUCAGUUGGGAACACUAAAUUGAAGAUGUAUACUGAACAAAAAUGGAAACGCAACAAUUUCAAAGAUUUUACUGAGUAACAGUUCAUAGAAGGAAAUCCGUCAAUUGAAAUAAAUUCAUUAGGCCCUAAUCUAUGGACUUCACAUGAUUGGGCAGGGGCGCAGGAGGAGCCCACUGCGGAGCCAGGCCCAGCCAAUCAGAAUGUGUUUUUCCCCACAAAAGGGCUUUAUUACAGACAGAAAUACUCCUCAGCU